AUGUCUUUCUUCGGUUUCGAUCCCCGUGGCCCUCAGGAUCGUGGGCAUCCUGCUCAAGCUCCGGGGUUCGGGUCUGCUCCAGAUCCAUUUGCCAGCAUCUCUCAGAACCAGGGUUUGGGGCAAGAAGACGACGACGCUAUUGAUUUUGAUGAUACCUAUGAUGGUCUGGGUGACCAACUGCAAGAGGCGGACGAUGACUUUAAUGACGAUACCUUUGGUGGCGGCGGGGCUACCACCAAAUCCAUUGGCAAAGACUUCGACUUCUAUGGCAGUACCUCAAAGGUCACCGAUGCGAUUAACGAAGAAGCACUACGAUUCAAUCGUCAACAACCGCCAUCAAACCCUCCAGUCGCUUCCUCAAGCCCUCCUAAGCAUGCGUCAAAGACUUUCAGGACAGGAUAUGAGGCAUACAAGAAUCCGGGAUACAUACCAGAAAUGCAAGUAGAUGCUAGUCUAUGGGGCACAGGGCCCCAAAAAUUUGCGAAAGACUAUGGAUCAAAACAAAGCAGCCGUGAGGUGGGGCCCUCUCAGCAACGGAGUUCCAGCGGUGUACCCACUAAGAAGAUGAUGAGCUUGGAGGAGGUGGAGGCCGCCAUGAGGUCGCAACCCAAGAGACCCAGUCCCGGCCCGGAACCGCAGCAGUUAGCUCAAGCUUCAGGUCCAUUCGUAAUGCCUCAAACGAAACAGCAAGCACCCCAGCCUGCACGUCCACAGCAAGCUCAGAUGCCCUACCCGCAGCAGAUGCCCCCAACCCAGCAUGAGACAGGACGAGCCGUGCGGCCAGGAGACUUGGCUCAAGCGCCGAUCAGUAUUCAGCAGAGGCCUCAACCCGGUCAUCACAUGCCAAGGGCAACCCAAGUAUCGAACAACGAAUUACCAACGCGGUCCAGCCCGGCCGCUCAAGCACCUCAAGUUGCCCCCGCUCCUCCACAGAUUCUACAGCGAGGCCACAAUACACCACAACAAGCUCCAGAAACCCAGGCAUCACCACAGCCUCGCCAGAUCUUGCAGAAUCCAAAUCGUCAGUCAGCUCAACUCGCUCCUCGACUUCCAGAACAGCCGUUAUCGAUGCAGAAACAGCAAAGAGCGCCUCCUCCUGGUCAGAAUGGAGCACAGGUACCUGUACCAAUUAUCUAUCACCCAAGUCAGAUUAUGCAUUUGUCAGACGAGGAGCGUAAUGCAUAUCUGGUUGAGGAAGCCAAACGAGCAAAGCGCAAUCACAAAAUCUUUCUGUUGUCGAAGGGUAACGGGCUCAUGACCCCCCAAGACAAGAAUUUCAUCACGCGAAUCCAACUACAGCAACUGAUGACUGCCACUGGAAACGUGAACGAGCAGGACCCUGAUACCUCGCUCUCUGAAGAUUUUUAUUAUCAAGUUUACAAUCAGAUCGAAAAUAGACCGAGACAGAAUCCACAACAGCCCCUUAGCAAUUUUGCACAGACCUAUCUAUUCCGGACUGGUGGUCGUCAAGGUGGCAUGGGUAAGAGGCAGAGAGGCGGAGACAGUCACGUACAGCGAAUGGAACAGCAGGUCCAGCGAGCAGUGGAGGCCGCAAAGGCUAAGCCCAAGAACAAGCAAUUGGUCAUUGAAGGCAGCUUGGGGAAAAUCUCAUUCAGCAAUGCCAAGACUCCGAAACCCCUGCUCAACAUCAAGCGGCAUGACAGCAGCAACGUCACCACUCAGCAAAGCAGCAAAAAAGCACAAGCCGUUUUGAGUACAACCGACCGCAAGGCCAUCCUGAAGAACAUUGAAGCAGUCUACUCAACUCUGAUGAGAAUGGAAGACCACGACCGCCGCCUACCGGCGCCACCUACUGAAGACAGCGAGCUCGCUGCGGUCCAACAAGUCAUGGAGUGGCAGCAGGCUUUCCAGGAAUUAAAUCAAAAACUUUGGAUGGAUCUCAAGGUCACCGAGCCGAUCUUGCCUGACUCAGCUAUUCUCCAUCCAUUCAUUGCAUUCCUUUCCUAUCCGAAGGGUAAGAAAGCUGUUCCGCGCAUCUUCAAUCACAUCGAUGAAAACCAGCGUCUUACAAUCUUGACAAUGAUUAUCGUACAUCUCGACAUACUGGAUGUUAUUCGUCAAGCUCAGCCCGGAGCUCAGCCCUCGCCAAUGUCUCGAGAGCAGGUUGACCUCUUCCUGCAAGCUGUGAUGCCCAGUCUCUUUUCGUAUGUUACCGAAGCGCCCUUGAACAUAGUCAUCGGCCUUUUAGGUCUCGUCACAGAGCGUGUGAACUUGAGCGCCGUCGCUCGAACAAGGGUAGGUCUGGAAGUCUUGACAAUGCUUCUCAGCCGAGCAGCAAUUGUGAAGGCAACUGAAGCUACGGACGAUCAGACCUGGGAUCAAUGGCUGGGUAUCUACAAUCGCUUCUUCGAUCUUCUUGAGCCUCUGCUUGGAGAGGUUUUCCCUGCCUCGGUCAACGCAGGACAGGAUCAGUAUGUGUGGCAAUUCUUAGCCGCCACGGGAAGUGGAGCGAAUCCCGAGCAGCAGCAGAGACUGGUUCUUGCAGUCAAGGAUCGAGUCAUGGAGACUCUUCAGCAGAGCAAAACGCUGCCCCCGGAAAUGGCAUUACAAAGACGCGGCAAUGUCAACUUGUUCAUGCAAGCUAUUGGGCUCGAUGUCGACUUGCUUGAUGGUUGA